AUGACACGACGUCGAAGUACUUACCGUUUUGCUUAUAUAUGUAUUGUAACUGGUACAAUAUUUUGGGCACUAUUCCAUAGUCAUACAUUGAUUUUCGCGACUAUUCUACAAUUUGGUCCUUAUGUUUAUGUUUGUUAUUUUCAACCAGGUAUUGAAACUAAUUUCAUAACUUAUUAUACAAUUAUUACCGAAACUCUAGUGAUCGUAUUAAUGAUUACAUGUGGAUUAUGUUCAUUAAAUAAUAUUCGAAAGAUACGCCGUAUCGGGGCUAUUACCAAUGAAUCAACAAGAACAGCUCAGAAUAAUAAUUUACAGUCGACUUCUUCAAAAGAGCGACAAUUUGUUUUUAUGUUAAUUUUGGAUAUUAUUACCUAUACAUUAUUCACUUUCGUUCUUGCAAUCUUUCUUAUAUAUGAACAAAUAACACAAAAUGAUGUUAAAAGUUUUGAUCAAACACAGAUUGAAAAUAUUAUUAGAAAUUUAUGUCUUUUUAGUAUAACGAUUCCAUCUUGUCUUAGUUGUUAUGGAAAUUUACUUAUAUCAAAAACAUUUCGAAAUGAAGUUAAAAAAGUUCUUUUAUGUAGAUAA